AACCUCUUAAGAUAAUAUAUUUUCUCAAAUCUAAAUGGUGAAAAGUUCUGCUCGGAGCAGGCGACGAAGAAGACUUCCUGGCAGCCACAUCUUAUCGCCGCCCGGCUGACGGUCAAUAAAUGUGCCCACGACAGGACAAACAGCAGCCACAGAGGCAGCAGAAACAAUAACAAUAGUAAAGCCGCAAAACUCAACCACAACAAGCCACAAUCGGCAAUCAUCAACACUGGCGCGCCGCAGACCGAGAAGGGAUCAGAGGUCACGGCAGAGGACGAGGAGUAGUGGAUGGGUUGAAAUCCCACCCAUUGUAAGGGCGCCAGUUGCAUUUUGACAGCGCCAACGAACCAAAAACACCCGCGCAUAGCCAUGACAGCUGCACCAGAGCCCGCCCGCGAGCAGGAGCUACGGUUCGAGCUCCAAAUGGAAUCCCAACAACAUUGCUCGGCCAAGAAUCUCCACGCCCUGCUGGAUCUGCCCGCGGCGAUGGAACUGCGCCAAAUUGAGUUGAUCUAUCGGGCGGAGGGUAAUGCAAAUUUGGUGCUCGCCUUGCCGCAAUUUAAAAAAGUUUUACGUUUGCCAAAAAUUAUAUCCAACAGACGGCGGCAGGAGCGGAAAGGGGGCUGCCAGCCGGAAGGGCAGUGCGAAUCAUCCGUUGGAGUCGUUACCAAAAAAGCUGGCGACUUGACAAUGCCGGAUUUUAUGGCUUAUAUCGGGAUAAUGCGCCGUCUAUUAGGAAAUGAGUUUGUCUGCGGAGCGGAUAUUGUUGCCAUACCAAAGGAAGACGAUAGAUUCUGGAUAAACGAGCAAAUACGCGCCCACAGACCGGUUUCGCGUCUGGAUAAGGAAUUUGUGGGGCCAUUCGGCCUGCUUCUGCCAGAUGUGACCCAAUUGCCUGCCACGUUCGAUGUUUUACUUGCCAAUUUACAGGCAAAGGGCAGAACAGGAGAUGAAGAGGGCGGCAGGAACCGGAGCUGGAGCGGUGUCCGUCGUCUGGGCGAUACAUAUGCCAUCGAAAUAAAACCCAAACAAGGCUGGAUCCAGUUGGCAAGUGAUGUCAACGAUUUAUUUGAUUUAAUGCCAGCCAUAGCAGAGACAAAGCCAAACAAGGAUACGACGGACAAGGAGGCAGCGGAGCAGAGGGUGCUGGAGGACAAGGAGCCAAAGGAUCAGGAGCACCAGGCAUUAACCCGAGACAAGUGCUGGUGUCGCUACUGCAACAUGCAGCUGCUGAAGCUGCACAAUGGGAAAAUCAAACGUUUGGGCCACUACUGUCCGCUGGAGCUAUUCUCCGGUGAGCCCAGUCGUAUGCUCAGUGCCUUGGAUGCACUUCUCGCCUGCCCGCAAAAUAAUUUACGUGUAUUUCGGGACGGCAAUUUAAUUUAUGGCGAUCACGCGAAUUCGAUUUCCUUCGAUGAAUUGCACUCGCGUGUUUUUCCCGGUGAAAUGAUGGUGCUUAUAAAACAUUUGCUGGUGGCCUGCCUGCUAAGGGAAUACGAUUCUGGCCAGGAGUUGCAGCCAACACCGUCGAGUCCCGUCGCCGUUUCCAUUGGCCAGAUGGAGACAAUGGCCAGAGCCGCUAAUGUUGACAGGAAGGCGGAAAAGUGGGGAGCUGGCUGCUUUGUCGAUGCUGGUCAAUCCUCGACCCGGACAAGAGCAGCUGCUGCCACGACCACGACAGAGACCCAAAGGUACACAAAGCUGGCCCGAAUAGACACAACAACAGAUGCAGCCGCUGAAGCUGCGGCCGGAGCAGCAACGAGGACAAGCAAACUGUCCGGCAAUGUGUUGGCAAUGGCAACUCGAACGGAAACAAAAACGGAAACGGAAACACUGCCAACUCCAGGCCCAAGUACGAGUUGGAAUCUGAAUCCGAAUCGGAAUCAGCAACAGAAUGAGAAUGAGGUCCAGACCCGAAAUCGGAAUGAGAAUGAAGCUACGAAUCAACUUCAAGCACAAAUCAACAAAGCGGAAAUAUUUCGCUUACCAAAAAAUUGUGUGCUGCAAAAAAUUUUGAAUUUGCAAUUGCUGGUAAAGAACCAUUUCGACUUCAUGUGGCACUCCGGCUAUGCUCAGCACUCCCAGCGCACCUACAACUCACUCCGGGGACUGCUCUUCGCCGCCGUUGCCGCCGAGGAAUCUGAACUAGACCUGAAACCGGACCCGGAGCAGGCAUACAUGCUGGGAGCCACGGCGCUGGAUUGCUCGAUUAUGUUGACGUUUCAGGAAAUCGAAAUCGAAUGGGAAACCGAUUGCCCCGCUGGUGGCAGCCAAAGCUCCGCCGCACUGCAGCCUUGGUGUGUCUCCCUGCUGGGUCAUCACUUUCUAACGAAGCUCAGUGUCCUGGAUUUGGACCCCAAGCCCGACAGUCACUUUCAUAAAUUCAUAGAGCAGACACGUGAAAUGGAAAAGUGCCGUCGAGCAUUAAAUUAAUUGAUAAAGUUUACACCCAACUAAAAGCCAUACGCAUCGACAGUCUAGCGCAGAAAACUAUGCUACAAUUUUCUCUUCUACAUAAAUUUAGUUUCAAUUUUUUGCUUUUUUUGUAUCUUGUGCUCCACAUACCUGUUCGACAAGAAUAACAAGAGCAUGUUGUAAUCGUACGAAAGCACGUAAUGUAGAUAAUCCUGCCGUAGGACUUUCUUGGAAUUUUGUAUAUAUAAUAGGUACUUUUCGGAUUUACAUUCUUUUUAAUUGGCU